GGGAUGUUCUGUGGUUGACAACUGAAAGCUGAUUUUGACAGCGCUAAAGUUUACAAACAAUAUUUAAUUUCCAGUCGUUCCAUGUUCCAGUCUUAAAACAGUUUGAAUUACUCCAGAAACUUAAUUCCCCGGACUCUUUUGCUAGAAUGACGGUCCACAACAUUUAUAUUUUUGAUAGAAUGGGCACCUUGCUGUAUUAUCAAGACUGGAAUCGGUUGAAAAAUUCUGGAAUGACCAAGGAAGAGGAGGCAAAACUGAUGUAUGGAAUGCUCUUUUCCCUCAAAUCUUUUGUGAAUAAAAUAUCCCCAACUGAUCCGAAAGAGGGAUUUUUAUAUUACAAAACCUCAAAAUACACCUUACACUUCUUAGAGACCCCAUCAGGUUUAAAAUUUGUGUUGAACACAGACAAUCACUCGCAAGGAGUUAGAGAUUUUCUCCAACAAAUUUAUAAGGAGAUUUUUGUGGAAUACGUAGUAAAGAAUCCCCUAUGCAACUUGAAUGAGCCAAUACAGUCUGAACUGUUUAAGACUAAGCUGGACGCCUAUGUUAAACAAUCGUCUGUUUUUUUAACUAAGUCAAUGUAGGGCGUCGUAUGUUAGGUUCGCUUUGUUAUUGUUUUUUAUUCAGUUCUAAUGGUUGUCUAUGAAUUUAGGUUGGUCAACCUCAGCGCUGUAAUAAAUCGUAUGAAUGUCUGUUAAAAUAGUUCAAUAAUUAGGUGUAUUUAAAUAUUAAACUGGUAUUUUAUUAUUUUGUUUUAAAAUAUGUUUAAUAUACUUUUUUGUCAA